GCAAACAGACGUAUUUUGAUCGUAGAAAAUCAUUUAAUGCAAGGAGAUAGAGUACUAUUACCUACAAAAUAAUAAAUUUCUUGGCGUAUUUUUUAUUGAGGAAUGCAUCUACGUGUCAUGUAGCGUUUGUCGAAGUGCCUAUGUUGCUCCAGCGGUCUUUGAUUUUCCAUCGCGAAAAUAGAUGACGGCAGGAAUUAUUUAACUUGAUAGCCUAUAAGGUGAAGGCGUUUUCACAUCAAAAAUGUUUCAAGAAGGAGAUUUCCUUUUGGAAUAUAAAGGUGACUUGAUUACAAAGUACAGAGUUGCCAGACAAGUAGAAAAAGAUUAUGAGGAGGAAAACAGAGGGUGCUUUAUGUAUUUUUUUAAAUACAACAGCAAAAGUCUGUGCAUCGAUGCAACGCAGGACAUAUUUUCUGCCGGCCGUAUGGUAAACGAUGCAAUAAAGGGAGAUAUAAGAAACAAUGCAGAGAUGAAAAUAGUUCUUGUACAUGGAAAACCCCAUCUAUGCCUGUUUGCCACCAAAGACAUUUCAGUAAAUGAGGAGCUGCGGUUCGAUUACGGAGUGCCAAAUUUGCCAUGGAGAAAGGCUGGUGAAGAUCUUUUCAAUCAUGAGGGAAAUGCCGUAACAAAUGUGAAGUCACAGAAAGAUACUACUCGUUUGUCUGAUGAAGACGUGGCCCAUGAAGUUAGAAAUGGCGUCAGACAUUUUGAGUCCCAAGCCGAAAUUUUUGCUGAUGAAGAUGUAGUCUACAAAGAUGGAAAUAGUCUGAGAACUGUGGAUUCACAGAAAGAUACCUUGGCUGAUCAAGACAUGAUCCACGAAUUAGAAAAUGACGCCAGACUUGUGGAACAGUCCCAAGCCGAAGUUGAACUCCAGACAGUGAAGACUCAGAUGAGGACUUAAAAAGGCAAACAAAGAAAAACAGAAAUAACAGUGUUGAUGUACAGAAGACACACUGGUCAGCCAAGGAAUCAUGUUCUGUGAAUAGCAAGAAUGUUACUUGAGCCAGGGAAUCAUGUUCUGUGAAUAGCAAGAAUGUUACUUGAGCCAGGGAAUCAUUUUCUGUGAAUAGCAAGAAUGUUACUUGAGCCAGGGAAUCAUUUUCUGUGAAUAGCAAGAAUGUUACUUGAGCCAGGGAAUCAUGUUCUGUGAAUAGCAAGAAUGUUACUUGAGCCAGACACUGAAACUGUACUAGCCUCAUUGUUGUCUAGGUGGAAGUGACUGGGGUUGAAAUAGUUGUCUAGUGGGCAGCAGAAAUGGAACCCUAGCCGGACGCUGGACAUGUGCUGACAUCCAAUUUGUCAAGGUGGAAGUAACUGUGCUUGGAAUAGGUGUCUAGUGAGCAAUAACAAUGGAACUCAAGUCUGACACUUAACAUGUACUAACCUCCCUCCUGUUGAGGUGGAACUGACUGUGCCUUUAAUAGUUGUCUAGUGAGCAACAUAAAUGGAAGUCUAGCCAGACGCUAAACAAGUACUGACAUCCUAUUUGUCUAGAUGGAAGUGACUGUGGUUGGAAUAGUUGUUUAGUGUGUACUGGAUAUAGAACUGAAGUUAGAAAGUGGACCUGUAUUGACCUCACUCCAGUUUGGGUGGAAGUGCCUGUGCUUGGGAUAGCUGUCCAGUCAAAAAUUACAAGUCAAAUCUUGUCAGGUAAAAUUACAUAGAUAUCAAUAACAGCCGCAGCCUCAGUGGCAUGCAGCCCAAUCACAGAUUGCAUGCUCAACUGAGGUUAAGUUCUUAGAUGUGUGCUAUUGUGAUCAGUCACUGUCUGCUUUUAAA